CGGGAAUUCGGAUAUCGAUAAUUUAAUUAAAGCAACACAGAGAAAUAAUAUUCAAUUUAGGUUAGAAUGGAUCUCAUUUGAAGAUUUUGUGGAUGUUCAGAUAGUUGCAGAGGGCGGAUUUAGUAUAAUAUCCACUGCUAAAUGGACAAAAGGAAGAGUGAAGAGUUAUUCUGGAGAGAAACUUAAUCGGACAGGUCCUAUAACAAUUGUAUUAAAAGUCCUUAAAAAUUCUCAAAAUAUAAACUCGGCAUUUAUAAAGGAGGUAAAGUAA